AUGUCAAUUUUCUGCUUAUUUUUUCAGGCCUGUGAGGGUAAGACUUCUGUAAACGACCAGAUCCACUGGGCUGAUGGAUUCAUUGUGGUCUACGACAUCAGUGACCGCUCCUCCUUCCUCACUGCCAAAGCCAUAGUGCACCUGAUCAGAGAGCUCCAGCUGGGCUCUGCCAAAAGGAGCGCAGACUCACUCAUCUUCCUGGUGGGCAACAAACAGGACCUGUGCCACAUGAGGGAGGUGCGGCGUGAGGAGGGUCAGUGUCUGGCUGCUGAGUCUCACUGCCAGUUCUAUGAACUGUCGGCGGCUGAGCAUCACCAGGAGGUGGCGCUCAUAUUCUUCAAGAUGGUGCAAAGCGCUAGCCUGGGCAGCAAGGCCAAGGAUCGAAGGAGACGCCCCAGCGGCUCCAAGUCCAUGGCCAAACUCAUCAACAACGUCUUCGGCAAGAGGAGGAAAUCAGUGUGAAGGACAGCUGUCGGUCGAGACUGGACCAGAGGACUGAACGCAUCCUGUGGCUUGACUUCCUGUCUGUGAUCGCUGUUGCUGUCAGUUGAGCUGAUGUCUGUAGAAAGAGAGGCGUUAGUGUGUGAGUGUAAUAUAACAGUAGCACAGAGCAUGUACCGUCUGAGCCUGCUGUCUGCUUACUUCAAUUCAUGCAUUUGCUCUCAAAUUUACAAAUAAAUGGAACUAAAUGCCCCGUAAACUCAUUUAGAUCACAUCCUCGGCCAUAUCAGGUAGAUAUUUAAGAUGUUUGUGAGUUGAGAGCAGCAGUCAGACAACAAAUGAUACCUCAGAUCAGCAGUCAGUGAAAAGUAAAGACUCUGAGAUGUGAGCAACAAAAAACAGAUGGCAACAUGUAAAAGAUUCAGCUCAGAAAUAACAUAUGAUAGUUACUGUGUCACAGAAAUAACAAAGCAACACACACCUGCUCACUCUGUCUGGAAGUGAGAAAUAAACAUUUAAAGAGAAUUUGGCUCUGUACAUUUCCUAAAAGAUAAUGUGUUUAAAAACUGUAAAUGAUAUUAAAAG